AUGAAGACUGCUACUAUCGUCUCCGUCGCCCUGUGCGCCGCCCUCGGCUCCGCUCAGUCGCUGGAUGGCAUCAGUGCCUGUGCUCGCACUUGUGUCGACAGCAUGAUGGGCAAGGCUUCCCAGCUCGGCUGCGGUGCCAGUGAUGUUGCCUGUCUCUGCGGCAAGGCCGACUUCACCUACGGUCUCCGCGACUGCACCAACCAGGCCUGUGGUGGCCAGGAUCUCGACAAGGUCACUGCCUACGGACAGGCCUUCUGCGCCAAUGCUGGCAACGGUGGCGCCUCUUCGGGUUCGCCAUCUCAGACUGGUUCCGCCACCGGUACUCCGGCAAGCUCCGGUAGCCCCUCGUCCCCGGCGAGCAGCGGUGGAAGCGUGUCCGGCUCCCCAACCCCCACCCCGUCCAGCGGUGGCAGCGCGUCCGGCUCCCAGACCGCUUCCCCAACUGGCUCCCCCUCCGGAUCGCACUCCGGGUCGCACUCCGCUUCCCAGACCGGUGCUCACUCCUCUUCCGAUGGCCAUGCUGGCCACGGUUCCCAGAGUGCCUCCGCCACUGGCUCUGCUACUGGAUCUGCCACUGGCUCCCCCGCUGGUGGAAGCAGCCCAAGCCCCUCCGCCGGUGCUGCUGGCCGCCUUGCUCCCGGCGCUGCUGGUGCUUUGGGACUCUUGGCCUUGUUCGCUAUGUAA